AUGGCGUACGCAAAUGGGGAUCCGAUGUUGGCGCAGAUGGAGCAGGACGAUGGAAUGGAGUAUGAGGGCGACUCCAUGAUCACGGCCGAGGACUGCUGGACUGUCAUCCACUCCUUCUUCGAUGCCAAAGGUCUGGUGUCGCAACAGAUCGACUCUUACGAUGAGUUCGCCAGCACGACCAUGCAAGAGAUUGUAGAUGAGACACCCUCCAUUGUCAUAGAUGCAAACAUACCGCCAGAAGACGAGGAUAGUGGAAUGCCGAUCGUGAAGCGACGAUACAUCCUAGAACUAGGCGAGUUGACCAUCAGUCAGGCCGCCAUGACUGAAGGCGACGGCAGCACGCGAGCACUAUACCCACACGAGGCGCGAUUACGGAAUUUGACCUACUCUUCGCCUAUUUUCUUGCAGCUCACGAGAAGGGUGCAGAUCGCACGUGACAGAGCAGUGGGUGGAUACCAGGAUGGCAAUGUCUGGAUCCCUCCACCGGAUUGGGACGGACAGACGACUGAGACUGUCUGGGAAGAUGACCCUCACAACCCUGUCGAGCCCAAAGUCCAGACUUUCAUCGGAAAGCUCCCAAUCAUGCUGAAGUCGAAGAUUUGUGCGCUGCGGAAUCGUAGUGAACAGGAGCUUUACGCCCAUCAAGAGUGCCCUUUCGAUCAGGGUGGAUACUUCAUCAUCAACGGCAGCGAGAAAGUCUUGAUCGCACAAGAGCGAAGUGCGGCGAACAUUGUGCAAGUGUUCAAGAAGAAGGGAUCCAACACGCCGGUUGUGGCAGAGCUUCGAAGCGCCAUCGAGAAGGGCACUCGCCUGAUCAGCUCGAUGCAGCUCAAGCUUUACAAAGAGUCGCAGAACGCAGCCACCCACGGCAGGACGAUCAAAGUGUCGGUGCCUUACAUCAAAUCAGACAUCCCCAUCGCCAUCGUCUUCCGUGCACUGGGUAUCGUUUCUGACGAGGACAUUCUCAAUCACAUCUGCGACAAGAGCGAUACGCAGAUGCUGGAGAUGCUCAAGCCCUGCUUGGAAGAAGCUUUCGUUAUUCAGGAUCGAGAUGGCGCCCUUGACCACAUCGGUCGGAGAGGUAACCAGCAGGGUACCAAGGAGCGCAGAAUACGGUAUGCACGAGAGAUCAUGCAAAAGGAGUUCUUGCCCCACAUCUCCCAAGAAGAGGGCAGCGAGACCAAGAAGGCCUUCUUCUUGGGUUAUAUGGUUAACAGACUGCUGCAAUGCUCUCUUGGCCGUGUAGAAGAGGAUGACCGUGACCAUUUCGGUAAGAAGCGACUCGAUCUCGCUGGACCGCUCAUGGCGCAGGUGUUCCGUUUGAAGUUUCAGCAGCUCGUCAAGGACAUGAAGCAGUAUCUGCACCGCUGUGUAGAGACGAACCGGGAGUUCAACAUUACUCUCGCCGUCAAGACCAACAUCAUUACUGCAGGCUUGCGGUACUGCUUGGCUACUGGGAAUUGGGGCGAUCAGAAGAAGGCAUCCUCGACCAAAGCAGGCGUCAGUCAAGUGUUGAACAGAUACACAUAUGCUUCGACACUCAGUCAUUUACGGAGGACAAACACUCCCAUCGGCCGUGACGGCAAGAUUGCAAAACCCAGACAGCUUCACAACACCCACUGGGGUCUUGUGUGUCCGGCUGAAACGCCAGAAGGACAGGCUUGUGGUUUGGUGAAGAAUUUGUCGCUCAUGUGCUACGUCACGGUCGGUACGCCUGCUACACCUCUCAUCGACUUCAUGCGAUCGCGUGGUCUGGACCUGCUCGAAGAGUACGAUCCUGUCAUGAACCCCAAAGCCACCAAGGUCUUCCUGAACGGUACUUGGGUUGGUGUCCACAAGAAUGCUGGCCAGCUGACAGACAUGCUUCGUGGACUGCGGAGAAAGGGCGUGCUCAGCUUCGAAGUCACAAUCAUUCGAGAUGUGCGAGAGCGCGAGAUCAGAGUCUUCACUGACGCUGGUCGUGUCUGUCGACCUCUCUUCGUCGUCGACAACAACCCGAACUCGCCAGACAACGGUAGCCUUGUCCUCAAACAGGAGCAUAUCUACAAGCUCCACCAGGACCAGGAAACUCUUGGUCAGCUGGAGGGUGUCAGCGAAGAAGAUCGCGAGAACGCCAUCUUUGGCUGGAAAGGUCUCGUCGAUGGCGGUGUCGUCGAGUACCUUGACGCCGAAGAAGAAGAGACCGCCAUGAUUAUCAUGACUCCUGAAGAUCUUGAAGAGCAUAGAAACAUGCGACAAGGAUACCCAUACGGCGAUGCGCAACCCGACCCACACAUGCGGAUCAAGCCCAAGCCGAACCAGUUCGUUCGUACAUGGACCCACUGCGAGAUUCACCCAGCUAUGAUUCUGGGUAUCUGCGCCAGUAUCAUUCCCUUCCCCGAUCACAACCAGAGUCCAAGAAACACGUAUCAAUCUGCUAUGGGUAAGCAAGCUAUGGGUGUGACGCUCACCAACUAUAACGUUCGCAUGGACACGAUGGCGAACGUACUGUACUACCCCCAGAAACCACUCGCUACGACUCGAAGCAUGGAGUUCUUGCGAUUCAGAGACCUGCCUGCUGGACAGAACGCCAUCGUUGCCAUUUCCUGUUACUCUGGCUACAACCAAGAAGAUUCGGUCAUCAUGAACCAGAGCAGUAUUGAUCGUGGUCUCUUCCGUUCGCUCUUCUACCGAGCGUACAUGGACCAAGAGAAGCGCAUUGGUAUGAACGUCGUCGAGCAGUUCGAGAAGCCCACGCGAUCAGACACUAUGCGGAUGAAGCAGGGUACCUACGACAAGCUUGACGAGGAUGGUAUCAUCAGUCCAGGAGCGCGUGUCUCUGGUGAGGACGUCAUCAUUGGCAAGACUGCACCGAUGCCGCCUGAUGCAGAGGAGCUGGGUCAGAGGACGAAGUUGCACAUCAAGCGGGAUGUCAGCACGCCGCUCCGAUCUACCGAGAACGGUGUCAUUGAUCAGGUCCUGCUUACCACCAAUACCGAGGGCCUGCGCUUCGUCAAGGUACGAACGAGAGUGACAAAGGUCCCCCAAAUCGGAGACAAGUUCGCUUCUCGUCAUGGACAAAAGGGUACGAUCGGUAUCACCUACCGUCAAGAAGACAUGCCCUUCACCGCCGAUGGCCUGACUCCUGAUAUCAUCAUCAACCCACACGCCAUUCCAUCCCGAAUGACGAUUGCUCACUUGAUCGAGUGUCUGCUGUCAAAGGUCGCCGCUUUGCAAGGCCAAGAAGGUGAUGCCACGCCCUUCACCGACGUCACCGUCACCUCCAUCUCCAGCAUUCUCGUCAGCCACGGAUUCCAGCAACGUGGAUUCGAAGUCAUGUACAACGGUCACACUGGAAAGAAGCUGAACGCUCAAGUCUUCCUUGGCCCCACAUACUACCAGCGUCUACGCCACAUGGUCGACGACAAGAUCCACGCACGUGCCCGGGGUCCUCUCCAGAUCUUGACUCGCCAGCCUGUCGAGGGUCGUGCUCGUGAUGGUGGUCUGCGAUUCGGAGAGAUGGAACGCGAUUGUAUGAUUGCACAUGGUGCGUCAGCAUUCUUGAAGGAGCGCUUGCUCGACGUGUCUGAUGCUUUCCGCGUCCACAUUUGCGAGAUUUGCGGUCUCAUGACGCCCAUCGCCAGCAUCAAGAAGCAGCAAUUCGAAUGCCGGCCGUGCAAGAAUAAGACUCGCAUCGCGCAAAUCAUCAUUCCUUACGCCGCCAAGUUGCUUUUCCAAGAGCUUGCGGCGAUGAACGUGGCUACGCGCAUGUUCACAACGAGGAGUGGAGUCAGCAUUCGAUAG